AUGGCCGCUCGAGAAGUCGCAUCGCCUGUCAUAGCUCCCAGCGAUAGCUCGCGAGCCUCCAAGCCUGGCACACUCGUUCUGGUGCGGCAUGGACAGUCAGAAACGAACGCGGCGAACAUCUUCACCGGCCUCCUCGACCCACCCUUGACAAGCCGAGGCAUCGAAGAGUCCACCCAACUCGGCUCCACCCUGCGCACACUGAACAUCCCGCCCUUCUCACACGCCUACACCUCCCCCCUCCAACGCGCCUCGUCCUCACUCUCACACAUCCUUCACUCCCUCGCGCAAGACCCCCCUCCAGCCGUCACUGUCUCUUCGGCCCUGAACGAACGCGACUACGGACGCCUGAACGGGCGGGAUAAAGCUGAAGUUGCGCGCGAGUUCGGCGAGGAGCAGGUGAAUCAAUGGAGAAGGGGAUACAGCGCUGUUCCGCCGGGGGGAGAGUCGCUUGAGAUGACUGUUGAGCGGGCUUGGGCAUACUAUGAGGAGGAGAUCCUCCCGCGGCUGCGGAAGGGAGAAAGUGUGCUGGUUGUUUCGCACGGCAACACGCUGAGAGGGUUGUGUAUGAAGCUAGACGGGCUGAACGAGGAGGAGGUCCUCAAGCUCACGCUUGGGACGGGCGCAUUGCGGAUAUAUAGGGUAGAUGCGGAGGGAAAGGUUGUAGUGCGGCGACUGUUUGCGGUAGACGGGCUGGAAGGAGGAGCUCAGUAG